GUGGCUGUGGAGUAUCUGACCCAACACAGAGACACACGGCUGUUUAACCAGACCGGCAGCAACUUCACACAGCGCUCACUCGCAUCACACACAAGGUCCCCCCACCCGGCUAUAAAACUCCCCAGUGCGGCCCCCCACCCCUCCACCCUGCUCCCCCGAUUCCUACAUUUUCUCAAAAAUGCCACAGCGGGGAAUCCAACUGGUGCGAGCAGAAUUGAGGCACGGCGUGCGAUAGCACGCGCCUUCGCGGUGACUUCAUCUCAUCAUCGUGGUCGUCUUCGGUCAACAACAACCUCGUCGUCGUCAUCAUCAUCAUCACCGUCGUCACAAAGGCGGGCGUGGGUAAAGAUGCGUCGCGCAUUUGCCACCGUGUUCGCGGCGCUGUCUGUCGUCGCCGGAGGAAACGGGCACGAGGAUGAUGUUCGCUGCCCACUGCCAAAGAAACAGGGCGACCUCAACUCGUUCCUGUGGCGCGUCGAGCGCUCCCCGCCGGCCUUCCUCUUCGGCACCGUGCACGUGCCCUACGAACGCGUGUGGCCGUUCGUGCCGGGCAACGCGAAGCGAGCGUUCGCGCUCUCGCACAGCGUCUACUUCGAGCUCGACGUGUCGGAGCCGCGGACCCUGGAGGCCCUCUCGGCCUGCCAGAGGCUGCCACACGGCGAGACGCUGCCGGGCGAGGCGCUGCCGGUGGCCCUCUACUCGCGGCUCAAGCAUCACCUGGAGUACGUGCGGGGCAUGAUGCCCGUGUGGCUGAGCUCCAAGCCGGCACCGGCGUCUCGGUUCCACGACGCCGAUGCCGGCGGCGGCGGCGGCGGCGGCGGCCCGAACGGCGCCGCGUCAGCCGAGCUGCUGUUCCGUGCUCUGGCGGGCGACUGGGAGCGCAAGCGUCCCGUGUGGCUGCUGCUGCUGGCGGCGUCGCUGACGGAGGGCGACGUGCGAGGGCGGCGGGUGCCCUCACUGGACGCGCACCUCGCGCGGCUCGCGCGGCGGCUGCGCAAGAGGAGCGGCGCCGUCGAGCGGGUCCACGAGCAGUGCGCGCCGCUCAACGCCAUCAACGGCACGCAGGUGGUGGCGGCGCUGGAGGAGACGCUGACGCGCCUCGAGCGCCUCCGCGCCGGCACUGCCCGCGAGCGCUCCACGCCCACCGAGGAGCUCAUCCUGCAGUACAACUGCGGGGACCUCGCGUCGCUCAUACUGAGGCCAGAGGGUCCCGGGCAAGGCUGGCAGAGGGCCGUCGGCACGGAGGGCAUGGCCGGGCAGGCCCUCAUGUGGGAGCUGGAGAAGUAUUUCCGCAAGGAGCUCGUCGACAAGCGGAACGCGCGAAUGGCCCGGCGCGUCCACUCGCUGCUCGUCCGCCAUCCCGACAGGAGCUUCUUUUUCGCGUUCGGAGCAGGACACUUUCUGGGCAACGGCUCGGUGAUCGACGUUCUACGGCAGCAGGGGUUCCGCAUCCAUCACGUGCCCCCCGAUGGAAACAUCGACAGUCUCAACUUCACCCUGGUGACUCCAGUCCCCGACGGAGCCGGAGAUCCCAGGAAAACGCAGCCCAGGACCACGGACCGCAUGUCCAGCCAGCGCCACAUGGGAGAGGCGCUCGCUAACUGGGCUGACGUCAGAGCCGGAGAACGUGCCUCCAGCAAGCACAGGAAGUUCAGCGACCUGUGGGUCAAAUUCCAGGGCAGCGACGGCGUCACGACGCCAGCGGCCGCUCAGCGACAGACGGCGAACGCCACGGCGGAGGAGGUGGUGGAGGAGGAGGAGGUGGAGGAGGAGCAGUCAACACAGCCGCCACCACCGACGAGGAGGAAGAUCUCCGCACCCUCUACCGCGGCGACGACGGCGACGACGGCGACGCCGACAACAUCGGGGGGUCCGAGCCGAGGGCCUCCCCGGCUGCUGUGGCCGGCACUGCUCCUGUGGUUCCUCCACUGAGAUUAUUUAGAUUACUAUCCCCCCCCGCCCCCACCCGGCUGUAAAUGCCCAGGUAUCAAAAUACAAUAGGUUUGACCCCUUUCUGGCACUAAAACAGGCGUAUCUCUUACUCUUGCGGGUUUUUUGUUCCUGUUUCCCGGCUCUCUGACAUUGACAUUCUAAUCUUCUCAUUGGCACAGCCCCCGGUUGCUGGAGCCGUCUGACAUUGACAUGCUAAUCUCUCACAUUGACAUUAACGUACAAUUUCCUUCUCCAGCUCCCCCCACUUACCCUUGGGUUGGGGCCACCAGAA